AUGGUGCUUCGAGCGGUCAAAUGGGCAGUUCAAGCAGCACUGCUCCUGCAGGUCUUGCAAUAUAGCGCAUCAGUUAAUGGAAUCGACGUAAAUUUUGAAUCUCUUGAAGGGGAAAAAGAGGAGCGGUCUGAAGACGACAUGGAAAUUGCGCCGUUAUCCCCAGGGCCCUUCAAUCCACGAAUGUCUACUGCGAGUUUAAUAAGCGGGCAUGAAGACUAUCUAACAAAAAUGGGCGUUGAUAUUUCUCCUUACUCAUCGACGGGCGACUCGAAGGCAUCUGAUCCUCCGUCAGCGUCGCCUGCGGAUAAAAAAAAGAAUAGUGAUACUACUAAAAAGCUUAGUGAUUCAGACGACACUGGAAAUGAAGACACUGACGACUCUACAGGAGGAGAUAAUGGAUUUGCCAGUCUGCUCAGUGGCUUAAACGGCGGUUCUAAAGGUAAAAACAAUGACGAUGCCAGUCUGCUUGGUGGCUUAGGCGGAUCUAAAGGUGGAGCCAAUGCGCUUAGCACUAUGCUCGGUGGCAAAGGCGGCUCUGGUGAUAUGCCUAGCUUUUCAGAAUUUUUUUCAAAGAUGGCGCCUAGCCUUGGUAGUGGUGAUAUGGGUGGCUUGGGUGCUUUGUUUGGCAUGGUAGACCCGACUGAACCGCAAAACAUAACAGUCAAUGACGGGGACAUCAUUUAUGGUAAAAUGUACGGCAGUGAGGAACACGGUGAUGCCUUCUCGGACGUCAAUAACAUUAAGUUUGGACAGGCUAUUGUGAACAUCACUAUUCGUGGCGCUGCUCGAGUGGAUUCAUUUGGGAUUAUGCCGAUGACUAAGGAAACUGUUGCAGUUAUGGUUCACGGCGGUACUGGCGGAGGCCUGGCUUUUAUUGAUCCGGAUCCAGGUAACACCAUCGAUUCGGUCGAAGUGCACUGGCAAAAGCACAAUGGUAAAACGUGCAUAUUUUACCUUGAGGUGAUCACAAGUGAUGGCCAGACGCUGUCCGCUGGAACAAAAACUGUCAACUCUGCUAUAAUAAAGCCCCCGAAGGACUUUGAAAUUGCCGGAUUUCAUGGCCGUGCGACUACUGAUGGUAUCUACGGUAUUGGCGCCAUUUUCACGAGGGUGGGAGUUAAAGAUGUGGCAGUCACAGAUGUGAUGGCUGUCUCGGACAAGGAAUCUCGUAAUAUAUACCAUUACAAGACGACCAUUCGUAACUGGGUGGGUCCCCAUGAUGAAGUCAUAGGCGGUGGUUGCUACAUGAAGAGGCAUAAUGUCAACAGCAAGAAAAUGUGUCCUUCUGGUUACCGGCAGGAUGGUGAUAAGUGUAUUACUCAAUGCCCGCUUAACUACCCCAUUGAUUGUUAUCUGGAAUGCAUUCCUCAGAAUACUGAUUGCACGCAGGCGGUUCUUGGAAAGGCUUCAUCUGUGAUUUCUGUGGCUCUAAACUUUGCUACAAUGGGUGUUUUUGGUGCUAUGCUGGGACUUUACAAAAAAGCGAAUUUCGUUGUGAUGUGUGCUAUCUCCAUUGUAAACGCUAUUAAGUCGCUUGCCUUCUACCUACGCUAUAGACAACAUCAGAUUGCUCAUACCGACCUAGAGAAGCUGAUGGACAAGGUAUUCCAGUUGCAGAUUGUCGUAAUGGAUUUACCCAUGGCUUUGUGCGCGUGCACUGGCCUAAAGAUUCCAGACAAGUUGAUGUUUUCGUCCUCGAUUGUAAUUAUUGUAUCUACAGUUGUGCUGAUGGUGUUACUGCUUGGUGAAGCGCUUUUCAAAUCAAAGGAUAACUUAUUGAUGAUGUUGCGUGAGUCGGGUGCGAUGAAUCACACUGUUUUAGAGCGGGAUAUCGUGGAGCUUGACGAUUUUCUUCACAAGCAGAAUACCUCCUGCGGUUUUGAGAUACAGACUCUCACGAACCGUGUCAUAGGAAAGGUCAAAGAAAUCCGCGCCGCCACCCCGGAUGCGGAUGAGGACGAUGUGCGCGUCGAGGUGAGCAAAUCACCCAUGAUGACGGAGGAUGUUCCUAUCAUCACGAACCAUUGUAUGGGCGAAGUUUGGAAAACCCACACGAGUGCGUCUGCCUACACUACGCGAAACUUGCUUCGUAAGACCCUUAAUGUCAUUAUCGAGCAGUUGAUUAAAGAUGGCACGACCGACAUGGCCAAGCAUGUGCGUAGGAAGGAGCAAGCGCUUUCUAUCUCGAAUCAGGGUCUUUUCUUUUUGUCCAUGUUGGAUCCUACGGGUAUUGCCUGGAUGGCCUCCGAGUUUGUCCAGCCUAUCUGUGGCCCCACUGAAUUUCUUGGCGAGAUUGAUGACGGUUAUCUGCACGAAGCUCUGGGUCUUGAAACCGUUGACAUGGCGUUUGAAGGGAGCUACGGCAUUUGGAAAAAGGAGGGGGAUGGCUCCGUCAUUGUAUACUUCGAGAGUUUUGACAAGUUUGAUGUGGAUGUGAUUAUCUACUCUGCUGGUCAAAAGAUUAAUGAGGUGAAGGUGCCUUCUCGUGGCAAAAUUACGUGGACUGCCACUGUCAAGGAAUUGGAAGACAAGACUCUUUACAUGGACCGUUGGCGUCCUGGUCUUUUCGGACUUCCGGGUUCUGGUGGUGGCUCAUUGCUUUUGUGGGUUCCGCGGACGUCACUUGGCGGCCACCUUGUCUUGCAUGCCCGCAUUAAUGUAAGCUAA